UAUCUGUUUUGUCUUUCCCUGGAUUAUUUAUCUCUGUGUUAUGACAACGGUACAACUUGUGGUGUCCUCGAGUGAGUUUUGAUUCCAGUACUUCAAGUUCAGAACAGUCACUGUUCCGAGGGCUGCAGACACGACACGAAUCGUUAACACAACAGGAUUCUACGCUCACAAUGGGAUCCAGGACCAAUGAACGAUAUGUGAACCAACUGAUACAAUUUCUCAAAAGCUAUUACUUUCAGUAUCCGAUAAAGAAGUUCAUGGACAAAUAUUGUACUGAAUUUGAUGCAACAGAUAUGGAAAAUCCAGAAUAUGUUAAACUUCACGAAGAGUACAGAAUGUUGAUUGAUACAUUGCUUGAUGCAUUCGAAGAUGAGUUCGGGUUGAUGGACGGGCAACUCAUUGAGGCGGUCAGAGAUAUGAACACACGAGUUACAGACGCUGAUGUAGGCAAGGAUUUAUACUGGUUAAUCCGUGGCGCGGAUGACCUUGCUCUAUUUACGGCGAUGAUGAUAAGCAGAAAUGUGGUUUUUCGAGGCCACGCACUUACUCUACUGGCCAAAUACAAGAAAAAGUUGCCGAGUAAAAUAUUGCCCGAACAGCCAUGCUUCAUGGAUGCUAUGUCGACCAAGCAGGAGGAUAUCAUCAACAAUUUCUUGGAUGUAAUCAAGAAAGAGAAUGCUUACAUCCAUGAAGACGAAAACCCUGAUUCGCAGGUAGAGAGGAGUAACAAUCUGAAACAGAUGCACAAGAAGAUGCUGAUUAUGAAUUCCAAGGAGAGAGUGGAAGGUCUCACGGAGACUCUCAGCCAGCUGUACUGGCCGAGGACGAAGAAGGCGGUGGAAGCAACAUUGGAUGUCCACUGGGUACCAAUAGCGAAUAACAAAGAACCCCCAAAAGACAGACUACGAAACGCCAUUGCAAAACGUCUGCAAACUGAAGUACUUUUUCGGACUCCGUAAAGUUUUGGAAAGAGGCCAAUGAACAUUGGAGAUGACAGUAGCAGGAUUGGGCUUGAAACACUGUGUUAUUCUGUGUUGUGUUGGCAGAUUAAAUAUAUGAUGUUAGUGUUACAAGGUUUAAGCUGGCACAAAAUGACAUCCAUUGUAGCUUAAUUACAAAAUAUGUGCAUAAACAUGUGUUAAUGCUUGUA